AUGACAACCGCAGUUGAAGCCACCGAGCUCACUGAGCAGCACCCGCCCGCCUCACUCCAACGACCCAAGUCUGAAUUCGAUCCCUGCUGCAAUGCCAAAGUCACAUCUCCCUUCUACCUCUACAACCAUGACUCCCCGCGGCCGUCUUUUGACGUCAAAAAGACUGGCAAUCCCGUCGAAGUUGCUGUUCAAGACCUCGAGUCUGGCACCUCCAAUCUCUCACCUUCGAUCACUCAAGAGGAGAAAGAUGCUGCACAGAGUCCGGCGACCAGAGACAGGUUCAGGUUUUGGAAGAGAGAGAAGCAGUGCAUGACAAAGCCGAAGCAGAGAGGCUGCGUGUGGUUUUCUCGGUUGUCUCCUCGUCAGCGUCUGCUGGUCAAGAUUCUCAUUGGGUUGCUGAUCAUUGGGGCGGCCGUGGGAAUUGCAGUCGGUGUCAGUGUUAAGGUCCAUGGGACGGUGUACAAGGGCAACAACACGACUUCGCAGAUUGGUUGA